AUGGUUGAUACAUGCGGCUUCCCCUUAACAAGACAAUCAACUAAGCUUCCUUCUUAUGAAUCACAAGUCUUACCUCCUCAAUCAGCUGUACAGGCACCUAUUAGGGGACCCCAAGCUACCACUGCUCCCCUUGAAGGGGAGCAGCGAGGGCCCCUGCAACAUCUUGUGAAUCCCCCAAGCAACUGCAGCAGCACGGUGCAAGAAGAAGGCAUGUCAUCUGCAGCAGCAGCACCAGCAGCAGGAAGCUCCUUGUAUCCGACUCAGCAACACAGCCAGCAGCAGCUGCAGCAAGACCAGCGGGAGGAGCAGCAGUUCCUGUGGCCUCACCCGCAACACCCUCAGCAGCAGCAGCAGCAACAGCAACAGCAGCAACCGCAGCAGCAACUGCAGCAGCAGCAACUGCAGCAACAGCUCUACUUGUUGAAGCAGAAGCAAUGUGUCUAUUCGGAUGCUGAUCGUUCAGCAUCACCCACGGGUACCCAGAGUCACCUCAGUGAGGGAGGGUACAGCGUAGGGGCCCCCCAGGGGUCUCCCCGGGUUCCUCAGGGGCCCCCACGUGAAACCGAGGGUAAGCAGCAGCAGCAGCAUCAGCAUCAGCAGCAGCAGCAGCAGCAGCAGAUGCUUGAGGGGAGUUCCCCCCGUCUUGCAUGCGGAGGUAGUGGGGCCCCCCCUACCGUAGAGCCAACCCGCCAGAGGGGAAAGACGUCAUGUGCUGCAGCAGGAAGGAAAGCAUGCAGCAGCCAGGAGGCUGACAGUGCCGCAUGCAGAUCUUUCCCCAUUACCCUAGCAGCAGCAGCAGCAGGAGCGGGAGCCCCAACCGCAGCAGCAGUUACAGCAUCUGUAGCAGCUGCAGCAGCAGCAGCACCACCACCACCAGCAGCAGGAACAGUAGCAGCAGCAGCAGGAACAGCAGCAGCAGCAGCAGGAACAGCAGCAGGUGGUGGCGGUGUUGACUGGUCCGUUGGUUCUUCUUUGCACCGAUUAGUACGUGGUGUACUGUUAGCUGCAGCAGCAAGACUUGAAUCAGCGGCAGCAGAACGCAUGCGUUGCUUCGUAGCAGCAGAGAAGAGGCAUCUAGAGGAGCAGCUAUUAACAGAGGAAGAAGAAUACGAAUUGCUGCAGCAGCUGCUGCUGCGGGCCCUCAAGCUGCAGACCCUAACUAGUGCAGACGUGCAGGCCCUCAUAGAUCUCCUGCAGGACCCUGCAGCAACUGCAGCAACUGCAGCAACUGCAGCAACUGCAGCAACUGCAGCAACUGCAACAAAUGCAGCAAAUGCAGCAAAUGUAGCAUAUUCAGCAAAUGCAGCAAAUGCAGCAAAUGCAGUAAAUGCAGUAAAUACAACAAAUGCAGCAAAUGCAGCAAAUGCAGCAAACCCUGCUGCUGCUAGAGCAGCAGCACGGGGGUCACAAAGCCCCAGAUGGGGGACCCCAGUCUAUGGAGUAUCUACAGGGGUACCCACAACGCAUGCAGCAGCAGGAGGCAGCAUUCCCCUUUGCAAAUCGGAGGCUGUGGGGCCCCUAGAUACUGAGAAUGCAAGAGGGUCCCCCCGUGCCCCUGGGGCCCCUGGGGCCCUUGGGGCCCCUCCUACGGACUUUGUUAUGACGCCUAGAGGGUCUCUAUUAGAGGCAGCAACUGCUGCGCUGCAGCCAGCAGUUGGCAAAUAUUUAGAUUAUAUUGAUGAGGUAGAUGGCUUUGUUGAUUUCUUAAGGGAAAGCGAACAAAAAAAAGUCAGGUGUACGUACACCCGAGAUGGGGGAGGGAGGGAAGGGCAAGGAACAGCAGCAGCUGCUGCUGCAGCAGCUGCUCCUGCUGCUGCAGGUAACGAAAACAAUGAUGCGGAAGCCAACUACUCACAUGCACCAGCAGCAGCAACAGGAGACCCGAGUAAAGGACUAACAACAACAACUGCAGCAGAAGCAGCAGUGGCAGCAGCAGCAGAUACAGCUGCAGGAACAGCAGCAGCAGCAGCAGCAGCAGCAGAUUUUAUAGAGGGUGCAAAUGCAAAGGCCAGUGCCUCUGCUGUACCCCCUAAGGCCUCCCGUAGGAGACCUCGUCAAGGUGUAGCUAAGAGAGGAAUGGGAGUAAGGGGGCCCUCGGGGGCCCCCUUUGAGGGAGAAUCCGCUGCUGCUCUUCUUACAGAGGGAAUAAGGGCAAAGAGGCCCUGCCAAGGGGGCCCCUCCUGCGGUCGUUCCCUCCUAGGUUGUGCUGCUGCUGCUGCUGCUGCUGCUGAGAGGCCCCCCUGUUUGCCUCUCUUGUGCAGUCCUCAGGAGAUUUCUGCUGCUGCAUGGGGCCUCCCUCUCCUCCAACAGCAGCAGCAGCAACAGCAGCAACAGCAGCAACAGCAGCAGUCGCAUGCCCGUGCUGCAUGCAGCGACAGGGAAUAUAUAAGGGGAGGGAGUACACAAACUGUUUGCUGUCCUCUAUCUACUGAUCCUUUUACUGUUAUUAACUCUACUAAGACAUGCAACAAUACAGAUGCAUCCUUUACCAGCAACAGCAGCAACAGCAGCAGCAACAGCAGCAGCAACAGCAGCAGCAACAACAACAGCAACAACAUGGGUAGUGUAUGUACACCUGGUGUAGUAGAGUUUACAACAAUAUCCAGUCUUCGUUCUCCAGUAAAAGGAGUUUAUUAUGACAGUCUAAAGAAAUUAUGGCGAGUACAGUGGCAAACAAGUACAAUAGGGGAUAAUAAUAUAGGUGGGGGCCCCUCUGGGGCCCCAGGGGCCCCCAAUAAUAGUAAUAAUACUAGUACUAGUACCCAAGGAGAAGGAAAAAGAAUAUCUCGCUCCUUUAGUUGUAAUAGAUUAGGAUUCGAGGCAGCAAGAGCAAGAGCAGUAGCAUGGAUACUAUCUAGAGGGUUAGUAGGGGAUGGAGGAGGAGGAGGAGGAGGAGGUAAUGGUGGAUAUAUUCCUUCUCCUCCUUAUGAUAUUUCGGGUGUAUGUACAGCAUUAAGAGCAGCAGAUGAUUGGAUAUAUCUUAAGGAUAAUUAUAUAAAAGAAUUUACUGUUUUUUAUGACCCUAAAAGAUUUCUUAUUAAGAUAGAGGGGUAUUAUGUAUCAACAAAGAUGGCGGGGAAUUCUUCCUUAAUUCAUCAACAUAAACAAAUACAUAAUACUAAUACAAAUAAUCAUACAAUUACAGCAGCAGCAGCAACAGCAGCAACAGCAGCAGCAACAACAGCAGCAGCAACAACAACAACUACCACCAACAUCAACACCUCCCUUAAUAGCAACAACACUAACACAACAACAACCACCAUCACCACAAACAGCAACAGCAGCAGCAGCAGCAGCAGCAGCAAUAUAGUAGAUACAGAUAUAGGGGUAGAUCGUGUAAAUGUAGGGCGCAGCACAACAGGAGGGAAGAGGGGAGGGAGAGGAGCAGCAGGAGGAAAUCGUCAUAGAGGAUUUUCUUCUCUUAGUCUUGAUGAUAUGUUAAGGAUUGUAUGGGGAUAUCCUAAGGAAGCUGCAGGAUUUAUACUUGCUGAUGCUGCUGCUGCUGCUGCAGCUGCUGCAGCAGCAACAGCAGCAACACAAGGAAGAGCAUGCACUCCUUCCUCUAGAAUUAUGCAUGCACAAGAAACAAAAGCCCCAUUAAUUCGUGAAGGAAAAAUCAACCAUAAACAUGAACAUUGCUGCUUUGUUAAAAAAGAAUAA